GCGGAGGCGCGUCCGGGCAUCGCGCCCGCAGCCCCCGAGCUGCUCCGCGCAGCGUCACCGGGCCCCGCGGCGAUAGGCGCGGGGUGCAAGGCCCCCCUGGAGCCCUGGGCGGACGGAGGUCGGGAGGGGAGGUGGGGAGGACCGAGGUGGAGGGGAGGACCGAGGUGGAGGGGAGGACCGAGGUGGAGGGGCCGCCCGCCCGCACAGGUGUCCGACAGAGGCGGGGCGGCUCCCGGCUCCUCCUCGGGCCUCGGGUUUCUCUCCCCGCCCUCGGCUGCGGCCUCCCCCGCCGCGCCCUGCCCGGCCUCCCCCUCGCUCUCCGCUCGCAGCUCGCCGCUCCCGGUUCUCCGCCGAGGACCCGCACCGCGGGCGCCCGGGAAGAUGGCGGCAGCGGGCGGCGGCGCGGGGCCGGGGCCGGGGCUGAGCGGGGACGCCCGGGACCCCGCGCCUGCCGCGCUGCACCCGGAGGAGGUCGCCGCGCGGCUGCAGCGGAUGCGGCGGGAGCUGAACAACCGCAGGAAGAUCCUGGUGAAAAACCUGCCCCCGGACAGCCACUGCCAGGAGGUUCAAGAUUUGCUAAAAGACUAUGAGUUAAAGUAUUGUUAUGUGGACAGAAAUAAACGAACAGCUUUUGUUACCUUACUGAAUGGAGAACAAGCACAGAAUGCAAUCCAGAGGUUUCAUCAGUAUUCUUUCCGAGGAAAAGACUUAAUAGUCCAGUUCCAGCCGACAGAUGCCUUGCUGUGUAUUACCAACCUGCCCGUUUCUUUCACAUUAGAAGAGUUUGAAGAACUUGUUCGUGCUUAUGGAAAUAUCGAGAGAUGUUUUCUGGUCUACAGCGAAGUUACUGGCCACUCCAAAGGCUAUGGGUUUGUGGAGUACAUGAAAAAGGGCUUUGCCGCAAGGGCCCGAGUGGAGUUAUUGGGUAAACAGCUGGGAGCAUCUGCUCUCUUUGCACAAUGGAUGGAUGUUAACCUGCUGGCCUCAGAGCUCAUUCAUUCCAAGUGCCUUUGCGUUGACAAACUCCCCAGUGACUACAGGGAUUCAGAAGAACUGCUGCAAUUUUUUUCCAGUGUCCAUAAACCUGUGUUUUGCCAGCUCGCACAGGAUGAAGGUUGCUGCGCAGGGGGCUUCGCCGUGGUUGAAUAUGGCACAGCUGAGCAGGCAGAGGAGGCCCAGCAGGCUGCAGUCGGGGCAACCGUCCAGGGGAGCAGAGUCCAGGUCUCCUUCUGCGCCCCAGGAGCACCAGGGCGGAGCACGUUAGCUGCACUCAUAGCAGCUCAGAGAGUGGUGCACAGUAAUCAGAAGGGCUUACUUCCAGAGCCAAAUCCAGUGCAAAUCAUGAAAAGUUUAAACAAUCCUGCCAUGCUACAAGUUCUCCUACAACCCCAGCUGUGUGGGCGAGCGGUCAAACCAGCAGUUCUGGGAACACCUCACAGCUUGCCACAUGUGAUGACUCCCUCCAUCUCCCCUGCAUUUUUACAUCUGAAUAAAGCACACCAGAGCUCAGCUGUGGGUAACACUUCCCAUUUACUCCUUCAGAACCUUUCUCGAGUGCCACUGGCCCAGCAGCAGUUGGUGAAGUUUGAGAAUAUCCACCCCAAUAAUAAACCUGGCUUACUUGGAGACCCCCCAGCUGUGGUGCUUCAACCUGCCCUGGGGUUAGGGCCGGUGCUUCCCCUGAAGAAGAAGCUGGGACAUCACGGAGAAGCUUGUACAACAUCUAGUCUGAUUCCAACUCAAACACCUGCAGCAGCUGGAACGGGCCUCUCACUGUUCUUUCCAAGUCAACACAUCACUGGACAGGCUUCAUCUGGGCACAGUGGCGCUCAAGAGAAACUACCAGCCCCCAUGGGAGCAGCAGAAGGGGCUUUCUCAGGGUCCCAGCCUUAUCUUCAGACCUUUCCAAAUCUUACUGCAGGAGGCUUAGUGUCAGGAUGCCAUGGGCAGCAGCAAAGCCAGCCAAAGGGCACAGAGGCUGCCUCUAAGAAUCAGACUUCACUCUUGGGAGAACCUCCGAAAGAGAUUCGGCUCAGUAAGAACCCAUAUCUGGACUUGGCAAGCGUGCUGCCCAGUGCGUGUUUACCCCCCUCCGCAAGUAAAACUGCUCUUCAGAAGACUGGAAUUGCAAACUCCAUUCUGGACGCAAUCUCUCAGGGAAGUGAAUCACAGCACUUGCUGGAAAAGUGCAUUGCCUACUGCCCACCUUUCAGAGAUUAUGCACAGGUGUCAUCUUUAAGAAAUGAAAAACGAGGAUCAUCAUAUCUCAUCGCUGCCCCAGAGGGUGGUUCAGUGGGAUCUGUGGACCAGCUUUCUCAGGGCACCGGAGCAUAUUAUGUGGAAACCUACUUAAAAAAGAAGCGUGUAUACUAAUUUUGGCGCUCUCCUUAUCACCUGCUAAGGUUCUCUGCAGUAUCUCUGCUGCUCAUCACUGCCUUAAUGACAUUCAGAGUAGCCAUACCCUUUAAACACGGGUUUAUGAUUUCCCAGAGGAAACUGCUGUGCAGCAGGAAGGAUUGCCAAAUAAGAAAUAGCAAUACAGAUAUCAAUCAGGACAUUUCCCAUCAGAAUUACAUGCAUCUUCAUCAGUGUGUUAAUUCACAGUCCAUUGGAGAAAUCAACAAUGUUCCAGUAUUUCUUGUUUUAUUAAUCUGACCAGGAAUAAUUUUGACACCAUCAUAAAUAAAAGUGUGAAGCAAUAAAAGGGAAACAGUCUUGUUUCCUGAGCCUUAGAAUGCAUUUCUUAUAAGCCAAUGUGCAUUUCAUUUACUUUACCUAGGAGCGAUCUCAUUUACAGAUUUUUAGGACUUUUCCUAGAACUAAAGGGUGCAAGUAGCAAUUGAGA